GAUGCGCUGAAGUCUCCUUCGAUCAACGCUUACUUAAAUCGUCGAUCGUCAGCCUUAAGUAAGCUGAUCAUGACAAUUCCAGAAGCAACUUGGAUCGAUCUUCUCAAUGAAAGAACACCACAUUUGAUCAAAGAAGUCGCACCAACCAAGUUGUUACCACAUUUGUAUUUGGCACCGGCGGACAAAGAGAAUAUCGUAUGCGAUGAAAAGAACUUGGGUGCCUCUUUCGCAACAUCGGCUCUUCUCGAAAAACUGAAGAAACAAAAUGGAUCAAAUGGCCGGAAGACAUUUGACGCGCUUGUCAGAGCUCUCCGAAAUAUCGGAAAUCAACAAACGGCACUGCUGCUUGACCCGCACUUUAAAGUUCCUUCUGCCCCGGAGGAAAUCGUUGAUGUAAAUUGCUCUCGACUAGGAAUUCUGGGAACAGCAGCAGAAAUUGGCGUCAGAAUCCGAUUAAUCAACGAAGAAACAAAGAAGUAUUGCGUGAAACUUGAGGAAGCAAUGUGGAGUAAAUUUCAAGAUAUCAGAUCGGAUAGCACCCUCCAAUUACGAAAUCAGUUGGACGAGGAUUUACCAGAAGGCGCAGCUUUCUCAGCGGUCAUUCAAGAAACCAAAGAUAAGCUACCAGCUUGCAAACUUCGCGUGUCUCAGAAGUCAGCCGCUGAUCAGAUUUGGGAAGAUUAUGGCAAUGGAAAGCUGAGGGAAAUUCUGAAAGAAAAAUUGCUUCAUGGAAUAGUUGCUGAUAAUAACCAUCUUAAAAUGAGCAUUCAUAUUAUGGAAGAGGAAUAUGAAUGGGCGUGUAAAACUUUGGCAGGUGAUGAUUCUCCCGAGCUUUCAGACGAAACGCAGAAAAUGAGAAAAGUACGCAUUCCCCCAGUAUAUCUCGACAAAAGCGCAAGUCGGAAACUUAAACUCCGUUCAUACCAACAUGAACUUUCAAUCCCUGCAUUGAAAGAGAACAACUGCAUCAUUUGCGCGCCAACAAACAGUGGAAAGACUUACGUAGCACUCGCCAUAUCUAUGGCACACCUGGAAGUGCUGAGAGCCAAAAAGACAGAGAAUAAAGGUAUUACACCGGCAGCCACUCCAAUGUCUCGCCGAAAGGUUUUGUUCAUUGUGAAUAAAGUUAAUCUGGUUCUACAACAGAGGCAGCGAUUUGACUACUACUUGUCCAACAGGCAUGAUAUCACAGACAUAUCAGGAGCAAAUGCUCAAGACAAACAACUCGAUGAGAUCACCGAAGAAAAUGACGUGAUAGUCCUUACCGCCCAGAUCUUGGUUGAUGCUCUCAAGUCCAGAAGAGUCAGCAUAACCGAUUACUCUUUACUCAUAUUUGACGAGUGUCAUCACACAGAUAAGGGCCAUCCGUACAACGACAUCAUGCUCAAAUACCUGGGGAUCAAGUAUGCUUCUCGAAGUGGUCAGGACUUGAGCCCAGAGAGGCAAAACCUUCCGCAGAUCAUUGGGCUGACGGCUUCUUUGGGAGUUGGCAAAGCCAAGAGCGAGAUUGAAGCCCAAGAUCACAUCCUCCAAUUGUGUUCAAACCUUGACUGCUCCGUAAUUGUCACUGUUGAGAAACACAAGCAAGAUCUGCAAGGAUUUACAGGGAGGUGCAUACGUACUUGCCACGAAAUAGCGGAUGGUGAACCGGAUUAUUUUGAUGAAAUCAUAAACGGUGUCAUGGUAAACAUUGAACGAAUGCUGCCAAGGUUAUCUGGGCGAAAUGGCACUCCUAACGACAGAGGAGGGCAGCAGUACCAGCAGUGGUUAAAGGAACUGGAUCGAGACUCUGUCACCCACAAAAGUCGCGAACAGUGUACUUUAGUGCAACACUUACUGGUGUAUAAUACUGCUCUGGCCAUCAAGAAAUGCUGUCGAGUCAAAGAUGCCCUGAAAUACGUCACGGAAUUUCAUGAGAGACAAAGGGAAGACAAAUUCAAAGAUAUUGAUCGGAAUUUAAGGGCUGUGUACCAAAAGGCCAGGAAAGAUCUCGACCUCAAGAUAGAAGAGAAAGGAGAGCUAAAAAACCCAAAACUAGAAGCCGUUGCCACAUUGCUGAAACAAAAGUACCAAGCGUGUGUGGAGGAAGGAGGCGAACAAAUAGCCAAAGGGAUGCUCUUCACUAAAACCCGUGAAAAUACCAAAGCACUGAAGGCCUGGCUUGAUGAGAAUAUUGAUUUGAGCUUUAUUAGGGCAGAACGUCUUGUUGGUACUGGGAAAGGAGAGGAUGGAAUGACCCAAUGUCAACAGGAGGAAGUCAUCGCCAAUUUCCGUAGUGGCCGGGUAAACCUGUUAGUAUCUACCACAGUUGGUGAGGAGGGAAUCGAUAUCCCUGACUGCAAAUUCGUCAUACGUUAUGACGUCAGUGGUAACGAAAUAGCAAGCGUUCAGUCACGUGGGCGCGUGCGUGACAGAGAAGGACAGUAUGAAGUAGUGGCGGGAAGAAAGACUGGUGUUAUUGAGAAGGAAAAUCUAAAUGUGAUCAGAGAGGAGAUGAUGGAGGAUGCAAUUAGAGAGGUGAAGACAAUGAAUGUAGACGAAUACCAAAGAAAGAUUUUAGAUCUUCAAAGGAGAGCUAUCAGCCAACGACAAAUGAAAGAAACGAUCAAGAAGUAUGAGAAAGGCAAGAGGCAUCAAGACAAGGUGAAAUUAUUUUGCCGGAAGUGCCAAGUGUUUGCUUGCAGUGGAGUCAGCAUCCGGUGUAUAAAGGAAGCCCACCAUGUGGUUAUUGACAAAGACUUUCCGUCUAAGUUUUAUUUUAAGAAAUCCAAGACUCCCCGGAAGAUCAAUGAAAUUGAACUAACAGGGCCUUUGCACUGCCAAGAUUGUGAUGCAGAGUGGGGUGUGAUGCUCAAGUAUCAAAGUAAAGAAUUACCUUGCAUUAAAGCAUCCUUCUUUGGAUUUGAAUUUGAGGAAGAAGAUGGUGGUACGAAAACGUUGUCCUUUAGAAAGUGGAAAGACGUACUCUUCAAUGUAAAAGGCUUCGAUCCCAGUGAAACACAGACUGAAUUUGGUAGUUUAGAUAUUCCAGAGCUCAGUUUAGAUUAGAAUGCUUUUUCCGAAAAAAAAUUAAACGAGUAAGGGACAGCUAUCUUUAUUAUUGUUAUCAUUUUAACUUUACGUUUUCCCAAGUGGUAACCAACUACGGCUAUUUUUACAUCUGAAAUGGAACUUCAUCUUUUUCCGAAAGAAUACCAACCCCAGGCUGAAGCCGAAGUCUAAAUCUCUCACUCGGAUAUAGUCGCUCGGGGCAUCAAAUGCAAGAGGCAUUCGUUCUAAAUAAUUUUCAAAUUGUCAGCGAUCUCGAAGCCGUCAGCUGAGGCUGUGUCAGUAACUUUGCAUCUUGGCAAACACGAAAGUAAAACAAGGGUCCUACCGAUGGACGUGACUUUAUAACCGGUACCUUUGCAAAACGUCUUAUGUUUUCCUUUCAACGUUUUUUGGUAUCUUUACGCAACUGUUUCAGAGCAUAUUUUUGAAGAGAAACUUAAUCACCAGGGCUUCGAAGAGUUUGUUUAGUUUCCAACUGCUACAGGAUUGUCUAAAUAUCAUGUGUAUCCUAAAGCUUUCAAGAGCACUUUGUCUUACUGUAAUUGCAAAAAAAAAAAGUUAAUGUCAAUCAAAUAUUUUUAUCCAAUAAGGACAAUUUUUUCUUGGUUAUGCUACAUAUAGAAAUAUUAACACCUUCCAGUGACCUGGUACAGAGAAGGAUGAAUAAAAAGUUAAAAUUGUUA